UAUUUUUACCACAAUAUAGAUCUAAGAUAUUAGUUAAUAAGUUUAUGGUCCGAAGUGCUUAGUCUCAAGUCUCUCAACUGACAAGUAGUCAUUACUUCAUUAGUCAAGUUCGAUAUCCUUAUACACAUAUAUAAUUAUAAAUUAUUUAACAAAUAAUUUUUAUACUAUCAUUGCUAUCCAUAAUAAAUUGUGUAUUAAUAUUUUUGUUUCAUUUUUUAAUUUAUUUUCUAUAAUAAUAUGUCAUUAUGUCAAUAUUUCUAUAACACAGAAUAGAUGAAAUACCUAUACACUCGAUAGAUGGACUAUCGGCCAGUGGCCACUCGUGACUCACUACAACGACAUCGCAACGUAAACAACACAUUCCAGUCUUAGAUCUAAGCACGGAUAAAAAGAAAGAUCUUCUCGUUAUCUGUAGACCUAGAAUUCCAGUAAACUGAGUAAACAAUAAAUGGGAAGAGUGUUUUUAUUAUGUCUAUGUUUUAUACGCUUUGAACCGUCGGUCUUAUCAAUAGAUAAUGUGACGUCACUAUUAUUUGUGACUAUAGCAGUUGUUGGUUGUCCACGUGCUCUUACUUCCUGAUAGCGCAUAACUUUAAACGAAAAUCGUGAGUUAAUACUGUUAGUAGCUGGUAGCUACUUACUAAUUGCUAGGCUUAAAGGUUAUGCUACAGGUUGGUGUCCACUGCUCCACUACACCGUCUAACCGCCAACGCGAUGUCAAACGUGGACGUUUUGGAACAAUUGCAGCUAGUGCUCAGGCCCGACAUGUCGGACCGGCGGAUCGUGUGCAUCGAGGAAACUGACACUGCUAAGGCAGACGUGAUCCUAUCGUUUUACAUGUGGUACGUGUUCACCAAGACCGAUCGGCCCGUGUGCAUGAUUGGUGUCCGGGACACGUACGGUCACUACCAGAACAUAGGCCUGAAGUUCCAUUACAACCUGCUAUCGAUGUUCAAUCAGAAGCGAUUUGCCUUCAUCGAAUCCGCUGUGUCCGUUGACAGUCUGGUCGACUGCGCGAAAGACUUAUUGGAUAAGCACCCCACCGGCGUUGUUUAUAUGGUGGUGGACGACAUUAGUUCGCUGUUGCUGUUGGGUGUAAAGUUUGAAGACAUCGUUGGAUUCCUGGCGUUUGUCAAGCGCCAACCUCGCCUUUAUAUUGUGUUUGGCUGUUGGAAACACAAGGCAGACGAAUCAGCUAAGAGGUUAGCAUCUGCUGUAUCACAUCUAUCAGACAUCAGGGUGUCACUGGCACCAUUAGUCACAGGGUUUUCAAACACUGCAACAGGCACUAUGAGAAUCACUACUCAUGAAUCAUUCUACCGCAUAGACGAUGUGUCUUACCUGUACAAAUUGGCUGAUAAUGGUCUCAAGUUAACAUUAAAUUCAGGCACUACCAGAUAAAAUCAUUAAGUUUUUAACAUUUUAUAAACUGUUGUAAAAUGAUAUGAUUCAAUACGUACUAUUUGUAUAAAAUUAAUGUAUAUAUAUAUUGUAAAUAAAUAUCAACUAACAAUAAUUUUUCU